AUGUUUUCCAGUUUGUUUUCAAUUUUCCGCGGUGAUUCAAAAACGAACAAAAUUGCCUGUUCAACUUCUCACCAAAACAAUCGUAAAAUGGGUGCUGGCAAAGUCAUUAGUAUUACUACCGCUGCUGAGUUUGAGGAGAUCAUUGCAAAGAAUCCCACUGUUGUUGUGGACUUUUUUGCAACCUGGUGUGGACCAUGCAAAGUCAUUUCUCCCAAAUUCCAUGCUUUUUCCAACGACUUUGACACUGUUGUUUUUAUCGAGGUUGAUGUGGACAAGGUGCCCGAGGUUGCCGAGACUGCCGGCAUUCGUGCCAUGCCUACUUUCCAACUCUACAAGGAAGGAAAACUUGCAGAUGAGGUUGUUGGUGCUGAUCCAGCCAAGCUUACAGCUCUCAUUGAGAAACAUAAAUAA